CAGCCGUAACUUUCCUGACUAGAGCAGAGAGCUCCUCUCAGCACAUAACGUAGAUACCAAGAAAAGUAAAGGUCCUGUAACGUUACGUUGCAAAGAGGUAUUUUGCAGAAUGGGAAGAGGCUACAUUGUUGAGGAGUCUGUGGAGAAGCACCUUGCUAAUCUUUCAACAGUCGCCGGAUCUUGCCUAUCUGGACUUUUAGUUGGCCAUUCCUCAGCACAGAGAGACUUUGUAGUGCUGGCAGUGCAAACCCCUCGUCGAGAGAGUGAGGGCCCCCCGGAAGGCCAGAGAGGAUCAAACCCUCUGGAUGACACUGAUGUGGAGUGGGUCAGCAUGCAUGCUAGGCAGGUUACAAGGAUGUUACCUGGAGGUGUGGGUGUUCUUGGUGUAUUUCUGAUCACCCCUCCCGAGUUGGCGAAAGAAGCCCAGAGCACACUAAAAAGGCUUGUCCUUGCUGUUGAUAAAUACAUGUCUAAGACCAGGCUUUGGGAUCUCUCAGAAGAUGAUGUGACUGACCGUGUUACACUGCACAUCUGCUCCAAAACGAGAAAAGCUGUCUGCAAAACGUUUGACGUGAAAGACCCAAAGUGUUCAGCAAAGCCAGCAGAUUGGAAGUACCAGUCAGGCAUCUCCUCCUCCUGGCCGGUGGUCACCUGUUCCGUGAAACUCGACCUGGACAUCCCUGUAACCGACAUGUCCUCUGAAAACCUGGAGAAAUGCCUGAAGUAUGACAUGUUACAGGAUGGACUGAAGAGGUGGGCUAAGCAGAUUGAGUCUGGCGUUUGUCUCAUAAAUGGAAGACUGGCAUUGGAUGACUCUGAGCUCCUAUCAGGACCAAAAAAGAGCACCAGGGGGAGCCAGCGGCAUACGUUUCAAAUACAGAUCCUUGUGUCAGCGGAGGAGCCAGAGCCAGGGCAGAGGUCCAGCGCUCGGGUACAGGCAUGCAGUGGUUCGGUGUGUGUGCGAGGGACAGUUCACUGCAGAGCCUACAUCCACAGUAACAAACCCAAGGCCAGACAUGCUGCACAGGCCAUCAAGAGGGACAUACUGAACACAGUUUCUAGCCGAGUGGAGAUGCUUCUGGAAGAUUUAAUGAAUGAAGGGGGUCCAGCCAGUGGGCAGCAGGACCUUCCCCGACGAGUGUUUGCCCCUCUGCCUGGUUCUGGCCUAAGUGUGUGUGAUUAUGUGUUCCCUGACGAGACCCCCACAGAUGUAGCUGAGCGCCUUAAAGAAAUACUUGAAUGGGAUUCGUCAGUGGAGGACAUUGACAUGAGAGUGGAGGCCUGCUGCUCUGUGGAUGCACUGGGAGGGGAGAAUACAUGUGAUGAUGGAGUCCCACAGGAGGGGCCUAUACAGUCCAGUACGGAUGCUGGAGAAAAGCCGAAAGCCUCACACUACUAUGCUGGUGUGACAGUUGCAGCCGUGAUAGCCCUCCUUGCUACUGCUACCUCUCUCCUGUAUCUUACUGAGUAACACGCACACACAGACACACACACCCACACACACACGCAGUUAUUCCUAUAAAAAACCCUAAGAUAAUAAUGCCUUCAUUGUAAGGCAUUGUAAUAUAAACCGUUUUCAUUGUAAAAUACUCACCAUUACGGGCUUACAUUUGUUGUAUUUAACAAAACUAUUCUUGGCUGGGCUGGAAUGUUAUGUAUCUCAGAAGCUGGCUGUGUCAUCGUUGUCACUUUGUGGCAUUUAAACUGUCCCAUUUUCAGAGCACAGUGUGAGCCCCUCCAUGUAAAGAAAUACAAGAACAUCUUUUA